UCUACGAAGCUGUCAGUGGUUUUGGGACGCGGUGGGUAUUCGAUAAGACUUAUCUUCACAGUCAGUUGAAUUUUAGUUGAGUAAACCCCUCGAAAUUCCCAACAGACUGUUAAAAUUCCUGGGAUUCGAGUCAUCACAGUGGAAUCCUCUGAACCCGUGAUUCUCUGGAAUUUCCAGUUCGUGAUUUCGGUGUCAAUUACUUCGAGCAUGUGCCAGUGAAAUCUGGAUUAUCCCGAGGAUUAAUGUAAGCAGAUAAAAAUGGAUACGAAUGCCUGAGACGAUACGAAUGCCUUCGAGGGACUCAACUCAAAAGGCGGAUUCCCCUUGUUAUGCAGAGUCACUCAACCAAUAAAAAAUGCUGACAGCGAUGUGUCCAAACUGCCGACACCGCUUCCCGGUACCAGGCUGCUGCAAUCCAGGUCCCCAGGAUGCCCCUCACCCCACCGAUUGCAACAGCUAUUAUGGAAGCCUUUUAGUUCCACGUGGAUACACAGGUGGUGGUUGUUUCAUUAAUGCACCAACAAUAAUCCAGGGUCCAGCGAUAAUCCAAUCGACAGGGGGAGAUCCAACGAAGCUCGAUAAUUCAGGUGUCUUCAAUCACCAGCUGUGGAGAGGUCGUGACGAUUCCCUCCACAGGACCUCUCGAUGUCACGCACCUCCUGACGUCCAGAUAAAUACAACUUGUGACUUAACAGGUGGAACCGUGACGAUAACAACCCCUAGUAUUCAAUCAGGAGGAUGUCUUAUCCAGUCGACAGAGUCCGGUUACCUGGUGCAAUCUCCAACGAUAGAGAUAAGACCGAAAUUAUCUGGUGGUGGUUGUGUUGUUCAGAAGAGACUGUCCACAGACUUCACUGGGAAUCUCUCCAACUUGAAUUAUUUUGACGAUGCACCUCGGACCUUCGAUAAGAUGGAGGAGAUGAUCAGGUCAGCACCCAGUGGUUGUCAGGAGUUGCCAGGUACUAGGAGCAAUGAGGAGGGUAAAUCGUGCUGCUGCCGUAACUCCUGUUGUGAUUCAUCCACUUCGACAUCAGCCAACUGCACGUCGAUAGAGACGAGUGGUGCACGGGGUGCAAGGAGUGCUAGCUCAUCUGGGGUACAGAUUCAGGUUAAUGCAACUGUUCAAAUGCCACCCAAUGGUGGACAGUGCACUGUUAAUAUCACAGCUACAACCAGUACUGGAGAGAGCACGAGCUCUGAAUCUGGUAGUCCAACGACUGUUCGUGUUAGGAAUAAUUUCAAUGGUGGCGGCCUCAUGAACCAUGGGGAUGACAGCUCAGUACCUGGGGAUAAUGAGAGGAAGGAGGAUGCACCUACGACACCUCUGUCCUGGUUGACGCCGUGUCCCUGGGGAUUUGAUAAUUUUGUGCCUGAGAAGGAUGUGGUGAGGCUCCAGGAGAUCAAGAGAUUGUUGAACACCAGUGGGUGGUAUCAUGAGGGCUUGAGUUGGCAGCAGAGUGAAAAGUUACUCAAGAAUUCAGAGGUGGGUAGGUGGCUUCUCAGGGACAGCUCUGACAGCAGGUAUGCUUUCGCUGUCUCAGUUCAGACAACCAGGGGACCAACAUCGGUGAGAAUUCUUCACUCUUUUGGCAGAUUCAGGCUCGAUGCUGAACCCACUAUUGCUCAUGCUAUGCCAACAUUUGAUUGUCCUAUUAAAAUGCUGGAGUAUUAUGUACAGUACUCGAAGAAAAUUGAGGAGAAUCAGAGGCAUGUCUGGGUGGAUUACAGUGGAUUACUGUUCAGUCAUAUUUAUCUCACUCAACCGGUGGUCAAGGAAGUCAGGUCUCUCAGCCAUAUGGCGAGGUUGGCCAUCGAUAGAAGUGGAUUGAAUACCAAGAAUCUUCCAGCGCCCAUUAGAAAUUAUAUAAAUGAGUAUCCGUACUCCUUUUAAGAGUCGGAGAGUGGAAACGGAUUCAGCAGAGAAGUUGUUUUUGGGGAGAAUCUUCGGAUUGAAGGGAGAUGAAAAAAUUUUUGUGAGGAGUUCCCCCUUUUUCAUGAAAGAAUAGAUACUAAAAAUAUUUAGUGUUUUUGUAUCUCUUUCUGAAAAGAGUUGGUUUGAUCAGUACAAAAAUUUAAAUAUCUUCAUUAGUUUAGAGAUUCGAUAAAAAUUACUGAGUUCGAGCAUGAGAUUUUACUCUGAAAAUUUGAUACUUCUGGUUUCUUUUAUUUUCUCGAAAAUUCUCUGAUUUUUUAUUUGGGCAGUGGAACAGAGACUAGCAAGGUCGCAGUUAAAUGUGUAGAUUGAGAGUGAAUUGUAGGUUAUUGGGAAUUUCGGGGAAAAGUUUAAAUGGAAUGUGUACAUUUGCGAUUGGUAUUUACACGGAUACUGAGGAUCAGUGAAUUGAAUUGUGUGAACCAAAGAGAAUGGAGAAUAAGUGAUGAGUAUCGAUGCCCAGACUUGCGACUUAGUAUUAUAAAUUUGUAAAUUCAUUUUUUUUUCUUCGUCUUAUUUAUCAAACUUAGAUGUUUCCAAUUUAAAUUUACUUUUAGUCAAUAAAAGCAUAAUAUUUGAGUUUUAGGGGAAUUGACGGAUGGGAAAAUAUUCAGGUGGGGCUAACGGUGUUUUAAUCGACUAGUCUAGCAUGCGGUUCACAUAAUUUGGAUAAUUAUUACUUGAAUUGAAACAAUGAGUUGAUUGUGGGGUACCUUAUACAUACCCUAAUGAACUGACGUCAUCGAGUGCUAAGAGUUAAUUUCAGAUUCAUCAUUAUCUUAUUUCAAAAGUUCGUCAGUUGUUUAGUUGAGAUAAUUUGUUUAGUCAUUUGUGCUAGGAAUAACAUUUUAAUAUGAAUACACCGUCAAGCGAUGGGAAGGGGUGAAUUAAUUAAUGAUGAUGACUUUCAAAAUACUCGGUAAAUUAAAUGGUUUUUACAGAAAUUCAUAAGCGAGAAGAACCUCUUCUCCGUUCUUUUUCUAAUUCCAAUUAUUUUCAAGAUAUUUGUAACAGCAAAAAAUAAAUUGUCAUUCAUGAAGAACAGCAUGUAUUCCUCUUCAACAAUUUGCAAAGUAGAAUUGAUAAGUUUUUGAAACCGGAAGUAUAAGGAGUCAGUUCCGUUGAUAGAUGGUAACAUAAAAAAAAAUAAACAAAAUGUGCGUUUAAAAAUGAACGCGUGCCUGAGAUUAUUGUGAAGAUAUGCGUCCUCGUAUUGUAGAUAUUAAUACUGUUGCAAUAACGAGGUCUGACGAAUGGGUAAACAAUUUAAACAAUCUACUACCACCCACGAGGCAGCAAACAGCAUUGCAGCGUCUGUCAAACUUAUCACUUUCUAAAUGGUAAAAGUUAUAUAUUUUCUUCUCGAAAUGGAAGUCUGCGUGUAUGUGUGUGUGUACGUGUGUAGAAUUGUCAAUUUAAUUUUCCUCGAUGAAUGUGAAUUGAAUAACUUUAAUGAAAUAGCUGCAGACAUCUCUAUAUUAGAGACAUUGUAUUAAUGUAUAAACAAUUUUCCUAUUUUUAAUUUAAUUGAAAGAAUACCACUGAAAA